GUCCUGAGCAGCCUGACUGUUCCGUACCUGCGGGUACCGCUUUUGCUCCACUUCCUCGCGGCUGAUCGCCUCCAUGCGCUGAAGCAGUCGUCGGUUCAGGACCUUCUUUGGUCAGCCAUGAUGGAGCCGGCUACCUGGGUGAACGAUCAAGAACCACCACCUGUGGAGCAAGCUCCUGAACGGGACUCGAAGCUGGGUGCUUCAUAUGGCCUGCUGUACAACGAGGCAUCGGGUUCAAACAUGUUCAAACUAGGUUGGCCUUGA